UCAGAAAAAAAAUCAAGAUGAUUAAAAAGGCAUCAGAGGAAGUAAAAGAGUAAAUACGAAAAAGAAAGAAAGGAAAAAAAAUUGACGAAGAAAGAUUAGUAAAGAAGAGAAGGCAGAGGUGGAAGACGAGAAGGUGAAAUGUUUACGCUGGCGGCACAGCAGGCCAGUUAGUGCUCGGCGUGAAGUCGGCGAGUGAAGACGUAGAGUGCAGGAUAAACCCCAAACAAGUGAACGGCGAUGUGCGCACGUGCAACCAUGGGCGUGAUAGCAUGGGUGCUUCUAGCCGCCCACGCCUUGGUCGAGGCUAGCGGGGGCUACGACUGCGGCUACAAGACAGUGUGGCUCGACAAGACAGAAUAUAGGCCUGUGCCGCAAUACGUGGGCGGGAAAUCAGUUCGCAAUGACUACGAACCAGUUUACUUAACCACGACGGUCCUUAACAAGCAGUCUGUGCCUUACUUCAUCACCCAGACGCAGAAUGUCCCCCAAUUCGUGACGAAGAAAGCGACUUUGCCGCAGUACAUCACUCACACCGUCAUCAACACUCACCCAAAAUACGUCACCGUCACAGAGAAGUCUUACGUCACAGUCUACGCCACGAGGACACGUAAGAUCUACGAGACAGUGUGUCCCAAGGGAUACGGACACGGCGGCGGCGGGGGAUACGGACACCACUGAGGAUCACGUGACUACGGGAAGUUUCGGUGUUGUUGAUGUUGUUAUUUUGUGCAGUGUAGUGUAAUCAUUCAUACUUCAACGAAUGCCAGCUGAUUUAUAUUGUGAUACUGUCGAUCAGGUGAUGUUUGUAGUCAUUCCAGUGUG